AUGGCACCCUACUUUGCUAGUUCACCUCACCCUGAGCCGCCGACGCGGGCAAGCCUCGCUGAGGCUCGCCGUGAGCUCACGGCGCAGCAGCAGUCUGUCCAGGCGCUGUCCGACCGAAUCUGCGCAGCCGAGGAAGAGCUCGCGCGCACAGUUGCGAUUGCGCAGAGCGCGAUCCGUGAGCUGGAGAAGGAGCGCGACGAGCUUCAGGAGCACGUUGCACACACGCUCGCGUAUGUGGCUCCGAUCCGCCGUCUGCCGCACGAACUGCUGCGGUACAUCUUCCUGCUGAACUUCGACGAGUACCCGUGCUGCGCAUGGGUCCUGUCCGCGGUAUCCGUGCUGUGGCGGAGGCAGGUGCUGUCCAUGCCGAUGAUGUGGUCCAAGAUCCGUCUUGUUACAACACAGUCAACAUCCGCGGAUACUGUACGGCUGUGGCUGGAACGCUCGGGCUCUACAGUCCCACUGGACAUUGAGAUACUUCUCCGUUCGCACCCCUCUUCUCCGGGCGAAACUCCACCCCGGCGCCGCAUCUCGCCUCCGGCGCACUCUGUGUCGGACUGGGGCUGGAUACCGCCACCGCCUACCCCAACUCAAGGCGGGCUGGGCGGUGCGGCGACGUACAUCAUCCAACCUCCACCAAAUAUUACACUCUUCCAGCCGCCUCCAACAUUAGGUGCCACGGCCCCUAUAGUGCAGCAUGGACACGGCGGAGCGACGGUACACGCACACGACGAUCUCUGGGGCAUGCCUCCGCUUGUGCCCGCAGCGGCCUCGGGUUCGAGCGAGCGAGAGAAACUGUCGAACCACCAGCGGAACAAGAAGAACAUGCACUGGGGCCACAUCGCGUUUUUCUACCUGGUCGAGCAGAUGCACCGCUGGCAGCGAUUUGUGUUCCGCUUUGAGAAGCAGUUCACGUCCGUCGCCGCGCUCAGGGCUAUCGAAGGCGAGUGUGACGCGCCUCUGCUGGAGGAGUUCGAAGUGUCAGCGGCAGAGCCAGCAUUCUACGGCGACUGGAAGUGGCUGCCCUCGGCGCCGUCCAGCAUGGCUGUCGAUAUCGGCAACCUCACAUCACUGACUCUGAACAACGUCCCGUUCAAGUGGUCGUCGCCGAUGCUGCGAAAUUUGCGCUCGCUCUCUAUCCGCACGCUGCCGACGAUGCACCCCGCUCUGGAUCGCGUGAUGUUCAUGGUCACAGCAAAUCCACAGCUGGAGUCGCUCUCGCUGCACUUCAGCUCGCCAAACCCGCCCGUGCUCCCGCUCACGCCGACUGUACUACGCGAUCUCAAGUCACUGACGCUCGGUGGACACUAUCUCCUGUCGAGCCUCGCGGAUGCCCUCGUCCUGCCGUCACUAGAAGCGCUCGUCCUGGACAUUGACGCACGCGAGCCGAUCGAGGAUACCGUCUCGGCGCUGCUCGCGCGCUCGAACAACCCGCCGCUCACACGACUCUCCCUGAGCUACACGCUCUGCUCGGGGUCGAGCUCGUUUUACUACGGCGGCGGUGCGGGCGUCGCGACGUGGCACUUCCUGAGCGAGCUCGACCACCUGCGCACGCUCCAAGUCGGCGGGGCGCCGUUCGAGCCGCUGCUCACUGCGCUCGGCGCCACCGACGACGAUGCACAAGUGCCCUCGCACAUGCAGGCGCAGGCGGAGCACUGGGUCUGCCCGAAUUUGACCACGCUCGCGCUGCGCGGUUGCCACGCUCACACGGACGGCGUGCACAAACUCGUGCAGAUGGUCGAGGCGCGCAACCCCGACAUGCAGGCUAAUGCCACCGCGGCGGGUCUUGGGCUUGGCCCCGCGCGCCUGCGCCAUUUAGAGCUGCAUGACUGCGCGACCCUUGGGCCGGACGUACUCAAGUGGCUGAAGAGCAGGAUCGAGGUGGUUUUGUGCACGGAGCCCGCGUUCGAGGGGUGA